AUGUCUCCUCAGUCUUCCCACGCGGCAUACUAUGUUGCAACGCAGAUGGCACUUGCCCACAAUGGCAUUCUCCGCGGGUUGAACUCCAUCUAUUUCCAAGCGCCGUACAUACCGCGCGAAGACCUGGUCGCGAUUCGAGACUUCCUGACAUAUUGCCAGUGCUGGGGUGAAUCCAUGCAGCACCACCACGAUGCCGAGGAAGAGAUCUUCUUCCCCAGCAUAGAGCAGAUAUCAGGUGUCGAAGGAAUCAUGGCUCAAAAUAUAGAGCAACAUCGAGCAUUCACGCCGGGAUUUGAUCUGUUCCAGGAUUACGCUCGGACUUGUCUUCCCAAAGACUACGACGGACAGAAGAUCAGGAGCCUCAUCGACGAUUUUGCGGAGCCAUUAACUCGACAUCUACAUGAUGAGAUCGAAACCCUACGAGGUCUCGACAAGUACGACAGCGGGCGUGUACGGCAGGCGUAUCAGCGCUUAGAAAAAUCCCUAAUGGCUACAGACAAUUAUCGAAUCGCCCCCCUCGUGUUUGGAACCUCAGACAGGACCUUCGAAGGCGGCAUGCAUGACUUCCCGUCUGUACCAUUCUUUGUGCCUUAUAUCAUUCAACACGUGUUUGCUAGGCGGCAUCGUGGCGUUUGGCGAUACAAUCCGUGCACUAUUUGGAGGGAUCCCAGAGAAUUGGCCUUCAAAGAGUAAGCACAGAGGAUGUCACAACAAGUUCUCUUGGUAUUUGUGCACAGUUCGGACACCUGGAGGUGACCAAAUGGCUGAAGGAGCAUGGAGUUAACGUGGGCGAGAAGGACUGGCCAUAUGCUAUGUCCAGGCCCACAACAACCCGCACGCUAGCAUCGGAGUCCAUACGAUAAUCCUCUGCUAGCCGGUCUAGCCUC